ACAGCAGCAGCAAUGAUACGAGAGCUCUGUUCCCAUGCUGGAGCGCAUGAACCCUGGAAGCCCUGCCGCAUCUCCUGGCCUGUGACAUGCGACGAGCGAGCUCUGCAGCCGGAAUGUCGCUGCCAUGCCCUUUACUCGCUAACUCUGCUCCGUAUAUGUCGACGGGCAACUCAAUUCGCAGCCAGGCAUUAGGCCUUAUCCACCUCUACUAUAUGGCCGGAAAUAUCGAUUCCAUCUCGUGCCGUAUUACCAUGGCCACGUUUUUCAACCGCUACUGUCCGCCUUGCCCGUUGCGGCUCGUUCAGCGAAGCAAUGGAUCCGUGCUAGCCAUAGGCCCUGCUGCUUCUAGGACGAAUACUGAUCUAUUGGUAUCAUAGUAUCAAAACCAGCCUCAUCAAUGGGCUUACAGACGAAGCCCC